AUGGUUUCAUCUUCCAAUGUCCCUACAGGUGAGCUGAGUCAAGACAUCUUGAGGCCCCAGUACUAUCUAGAUACUGGAUUAGACCAAGAGAUCUUCUGGGAGGACAGGGAUGCCAGGUUAGAUUACAUAAAAGCAGUGCUGGAGCUAUCAGAAUUGUACACACACAAGAAUCCAGAGAUAUGGCAUCUUGAAGAUGAAUUGAUCAGCACUUGCAUCUUUGAAGAACUACAUCAACACAAUCAAACAGAUGAUGUAAAGCUCUUAUUUGACUGCGUCUGUGAAGCAAUAACAGUAGUCCAGGGGACACAUUUUAGGAACACCCUUUGCUUACCUUUUCUGCCACGCAACAUAAAGGCACCUCCAACUGGACAUAACCUCAUCUCGGAAAUAAAUAAGAAUAUCGAGGGCCACCUCUGCUAUCAAUUUCUAAGCACAUUGAACCAGCUAGUUGACAAGGAUCUAGAAGAGUUCAGUUGGAUGGAUCUCCGACCAGAAAGUCGACAUGUUGCUGUGGAUAUCUGGGAGUUCUUACCAGAUGAACUACUGGAAGAUGUCUCUUAUGACCUGCUGAUUUGAAGCUUAAUUGCCUCACCAUGACCAUG